AAAAGAUUUUCGCAGUUGACCCUGAUUAUCUUUCCUUAUCUUUUUAACCGUAAUCGUUCAAUAACCGUAACUAUGUAACUGGGGAAAGCGACCAACAGUACGUUUUUAACACUCAACUAGAGCGAGAGUUCAUUUAAAACUUUUUUUACUUUGUUUUAUAACAUUAUAACUCGUGGUUCAGGGUCAGAGUGCUUUACCAUGAGUAAAAUUAGUGUAGAUAUCCCAGAUAUUGAAAACCUCUUGGCCUUGAAUCCAAGAGUUGCGACGCACUCAACCGUCCUCCCAUCAAGUGUUACGAAAUCGGCGAAAAAGCAAUGGAAAAGGAAUGCGGAUAAACAUUGUUCGAAAUGUCCCAGUUUGGAGAACGACUUCUCAGACAUCAAACCAACCACUUUAUCCGAAAGGGGUGCAUUAAAAGAAGCGGCGAGGUGUCUUAAAUGCGCAGAUGCGCCGUGUCAAAAAUCAUGCCCCACACAACUCGAUAUCAAAUCGUUUAUAACCAGCAUAGCUAACAAAAAUUAUUAUGGAGCUGCUAAAGCGAUUUUUUCGGAUAACCCAUUGGGGAUAACUUGCGGGAUGGUUUGCCCAACAAGCGAUCUUUGCGUCGGAGGCUGUAAUCUUCAAGCAAGCGAAGAAGGACCAAUUAACAUUGGGGGAUUACAACAAUUUGCAACAGAAGUUUUUAGUAAAAUGAACAUCAAACAAAUCAGAAACCCAAAAACACCUCCACCAAAAAAUCCAAAAGCAAAAAUUGUUCUUUUAGGUGGUGGACCAGCGUCUUUAUCAUGCGCGACAUUUUUAGGGAGAUUAGGUUACGAAAAUAUAACGAUUUACGAAAAAAAUAAUUACAUAGGAGGUCUUAGCACCUCAGAAAUCCCCCAAUAUCGCCUCCCAAUGAACGUAAUCAACUUUGAAGUAAAACUCGUCGAAGAUCUCGGCGUUAAAAUCGAAACGAAACGUUCCCUCUCAACUCGAGAUAUAACAAUAGAAAAGCUUCUCCAAGAAAAAACCGACGCAAUCUUCUUAGGAAUCGGCCUACCCGAACCAAAAACCGACAAAGUUUUCGAAAAUUUAACCCCAGAACACGGUUAUUACACCUCAAAAUCCUUCCUACCCAAAGUAACGGAAGCCAGCAAACCCAACAUGUGUAGAUGCGCCUCUUUAAUGGAACCAACACUUCCAAAAUUACACGGAAUCGUUGUUGUAAUCGGCUCGGGGGAUACCGCGUUUGAUUGUGCCACUUCCGCGUUGAGAUGCGGGGCUAAAAAGGUUUAUGUCAUCUUUAGAGCUGGUUUUACAAACAUUCGGGCUGUUCCCGAAGAAGUUUCUUUGGCAAUUGAAGAAAAAUGCGAAUUAGUCGGGUUCCAAUCGCCCCACAGCGUUGAAGUUAAAGGAGGAAAGAUCAAAUCAAUUACUUUUGCGAGAAACGAAGAAGAAAACGGGGUUUGGAAACGGGAUGAAACUCAAUUAACCACCGUUAAAACUAACUUUAUUAUUACUGCUUUUGGAUCGAAAAUACAAAGCAAAGAAAUUAUUGAAGCAUUAAACCCAUUAAAACUCGAUGCAAACUCAAAUUUACCUGAAGUUAAUAAAGUUACAAUGCAAACAUCGCACCCAAAAGUAUGGUGUGGUGGUGAUAUGGCUGGGGUGGCUGAAACAACCGUGGAAUCGGUGAAUGAUGGCAAAACAGCAGCUUGGUACAUCCAUGCCUCUUUAGAAGGACUCCCAAAAGAAUCAAAACCCAAAUUACCACUUUUCCACACAGAAAUAGACGAUGUAGACAUUUCCGUUGAAAUGUGUGGAAUUAAAUUUGAAAAUCCUUUUGGAUUAGCGUCUGCGCCACCAACAACCAGUUUACCGAUGAUAAGAAGAGCUUUCGAACAAGGUUGGGGUUUUGUAGUAACAAAAACGUUCUCGUUAGAAAAAGAUUUAGUCACGAACGUUUCGCCGAGAAUUGUAAGGGGUACAACUUCCGGGGAAAAUAAUUAUGGCCCGCAACAAGGAUCCUUUUUAAAUAUCGAAUUGAUUUCGGAAAAACACGAAAGUUACUGGUUGAAAGGAAUCGAAGAGUUAAAAAAAGAUUUUCCCGAGAAGAUUAUAAUCGCGAGUAUUAUGUGUAGUUAUAACGAAAAUGAUUGGAAAGAACUCGCGGUUAAAACGGUAAAAAGUGGCGCGGAUGCUUUAGAGUUGAAUUUGUCGUGUCCUCAUGGGAUGGGUGAAUCGGGAAUGGGGUUAGCUUGCGGGCAAAAACCCGAAUUGGUUGAGGGAAUUUCAAAAUGGGUUAAAUCGGUUGUCGAUAUUCCAUUUUUCAUUAAAUUAACACCCAACAUCACGAAUAUCGUCGAUAUAGCUUUAGCUGCUAAACGUGGGGGAGCAUGGGGAGUUUCAGCGAUUAAUACAAUUUCCGGUUUAAUGACAAUUAAUCCAAACGGAGAACCUUGGCCGGGAGUUGGAUACGAAAAACGCACCACUUACGGUGGUGUUAGCGGAAACGCCACCCGCCCAGUUGGAUUAAGAGCUGUAUCCGCAAUUUCUAACGCAAUCCCAGGAUUUCCUAUUUUAGGAAUCGGGGGUAUUGACUCAGCCGAUGUGGCGUUACAAUUCCUUCAAUGCGGAGCUACCAUUCUUCAAGUUUGCAGUGCGGUACAAAAUCAAGAUUUUACCCUCAUUAAUGAUUAUUGCACGGGGUUAAAAACGUUGUUAUAUUUAGACCAACGUUUACCGAAUUGGAAAGGUCAAAGUCCACCAAGUCUAAAACAUCAAAAAGGAAAAUUAGUUGAAAGUGUUUAUGAUAAAAAUGGAAUGAAAUUACCACAUUUCGGUGAAUAUAAAUUACAGCGGGAAGAACAACUUGAAAUUUUACGCCAAAAGGGGACGAUUACGACAGAAUCGGGAGUUAAUUUGCCUCAAUCGCAAUCCAAAGCGGAAACACUCAGCGUUAAAGAUGUCAUUGGGAGGAGUUUACCGAAAAUUGGAACAUAUAAAGCUUUGGAUAACUCAAAGCAAGUCGUUGCUUUAAUAGAUGAUGAUAUGUGUAUAAACUGUGGAAAAUGUUACAUGGCGUGUAAUGACUCUGGGUAUCAAGCAAUUCGAUUUGAUGCUAAAACACACAUUCCCAAAGUUACCGAUGAUUGUACGGGAUGUACGAUGUGUUUAUCUGUUUGUCCCAUCAUCGAUUGUAUAUCAAUGGUUCCAAAAACUAUACCACAUGUAGUCAAACGAGGUGUUCCUUUAAAUCAAAUAAAUAAAUAAUUAGAUUAAUAAAUAAAUUAAUGAUGUAAUAUGGUUAAAUAAAGGUUUCAUAUAGUUCUUAAUAAAUUUGAGAUGAAAUUGAAUAUGA